AUGGCUGAUGCUUCCUGUCCACCCAGGUACAGGACAGCCAUCACGAAGAAAAGGAUUUGUGUGAUUCUGGGACUCUGCUGGCUCCUGUCCGUACUGGUGGGGCUGGUGCCCAUGCUGGGGUGGAACCAGCACGUGGGCAGCUCCAGCUGCAUCAAGUGUCACUAUUUGGCUGUGAUGAGAAUGGAUUAUGUGGUGUAUUUCAGCUUCUUCACCUGGAUCCUCCUUCCCUUGCUCAUCAUGUGUGCCCUCUACACCAAGAUUUUCUACAUCAGGUAGAUAAAACUAAGACCGAGCUCAGCAAGUCCUCCAGGAGGAGGAACAGUUUGUGGGAAGGAAUACAAAAUGGCCAAAUAUCUGUCCCUCAUUCUCUUCUUGUUUGCAGUGUCUUGGCUGCCUCUGGGCAUCCUGAACUGCAUUUUGUACUUCUGCCCCUCCUGCACCAUCCCGCAGCCUCUGAUGUACCUGGGCAUCCCGCUGUCUCACGCCAGUUCGGCCAUGAACCCCGUCGUCUACGCCUUCAAAAUACAGAAGUUCAAAGAAACGUACACUUUCAUUCUGAGGACUUACAUCCUGUUCCAGAAGUCGGAGUUGGUUAUUUCUAGCGCAGACCACACACCGGAGCAGGGAGUGAGCACCGUCUGA